AUGGACGAGAACCUCCGUGCGAUCAUCCUGUGUAGACGCCACAAAUACGGAAUGAAAGUGACGCAAAUGGUUUUCAUAGGCCUUCCUGCUUUGGAAGGGUUGAGUCCCCUCUUCACAUCCAUAUGGGCAGAAUCGACUCUUAGGAUCGUCGUGGUCGACGACACCAUGUUCAAACAGAGACCCCGUGGGUCGGUAGUGAAUACCACAAAUAUCGCAUUUAGUUCGUUCUGCGAUGGAUUUCGCAUCAGAGUUUUCGUCGGCCUUUUUGCAGCGAGCCUCGUGCACACUGCAAUUGCGACAUAG